UUGUCGGUGUAAUCUUUUUAAAUCACCCACACGUAAAAAUAACUACUUAUCACCGAUUCAAAUCAGAGAUAUUUUAAUCUAUCAGUUUCGGCCAAGGCUAGAGAGUUUCACAGAUCACGAUCGUCACAAGAAUUGUAAAAAGGAAGCACUCACUGACACUCCCCUGGAUCCUGGGAACAUAUAACAUCUACAAAUCAUCAAUAGAAAAAAUUCAGGAACGUGACAAACCGGAAGCAGUGGCGAAAAUGACGCUCCUCUAUUCUUAUUUCAAGCAAGCGCUGCGCAAGAUUAGCUCAAGGAUGCGCAAUCGCAAGAACAUUCCAGGAGAUCCUAUCCCACCGAUCCUAUUGCUGCUGCUCCUCAUCUCCAUCUUCAAAUUAUUCACUGUUGGAUCCACCAUCAAUUUGGGAAGAAAAAAGAGAAGUUUCUCCAGGUGGAAUGAAGAUUCACAUGACGAGCUCAUGGAAAAGGUCCACGUCGCUUUGGAUGAAAUGAUGUCAAAAUUUAAUCAGGAAACACUCUGAGCUUCGUCAUACUUUUUCUUUCAUCCGCAUUACGCACCCACUAGCUCAUAAAUAUGUUAAUAUUUAUUAAGGAAUGAUGCAGUAACUUCCAAAUAACUUUGCACACCUUUUCAUUCAUUUUCGCUCGAAUAUGUUUUUUUUUGCCACAAAGAAUGGUUUUUCAUAGGUUCUCUGCACAGACGGCAGCUCUCCCUCAAAAUUACACUCCAAAGGGCGUCAAAGUUUUUUUUCUUGAAUUUACAUAUAAUGUAGGCAGCAUGGAAUUUUUGUUGUAAAUAAAUGUUAGUGUCGUCUUCAUGAUACGUAUUUCUGUGACAGUCCAGUACAUUUUAAUAUACUUUGAUAUUGCAUUGUCCAAUCAAAGGUUUAGAACAAUCUGAUAUUCAGGGCUUGAUCCUCUUUUAUUUAUGUGCACGUGGAAUCAGUUUCAUUUUUAAACAUUGCAGGACGUUUCCAAUUUAUGACACUCACACAAUCAACAAGCGGCUUUUGCAAACAAAGGCUUGAUAGAAUACCUUAGACUCGAACAAAGUUGAACUACAUGCUAGUCGCGAGGAAUCGCAAAGGCAUACUUGAGCAAUGUAUGCUAAUUCAGAUUUGGAAAUUCAACCUGAGCAAUUUUAUCGGAAGACUCUCAUCGUUGAUGACGAAAUCGAGCCUCAUACAGCCUCGUCUGAGAUACUACAAGAUUAUUGGUCCGCCGGUAGUAACGGCGAAUAUCAUUUCCUGAAAGAAAUCGAUUAUUCGAUCAGUGAAGAAGGCGACCCAAACAAUUUAGCUCUGGAAGCGGAUGAAAAUCUUGCAGCCGAUAACAAAUUUGAAGAUGACACAAUACAUGGGCCGAGUUACGUGGGCUUCAGUUUCGGGGAAGCCCAGGGCAUUGCAGCCUUUGACUUAAGUGACGAUGAAAUGAAGCAUGAAGAACAGCUUUCGCUACAGGCUAACGAAGUUCAAUUUAAGGAAACAGAAAUUGUUAGCGACGACAUUACACCAAUUGAAGGGAAUGAAGAAAUAAACACUGGUCAAUUUACGGAAUAUUCUCGGCAUGAAGGUGUUAGUGAUAUGAACGGCGCCCUAGUACAGCACACAGACAAUGAGGUCAACAACAUCAAACAAAGUAAACGAUUUAACCAAACAAAGCCCAAUGCUCGAGUCGCCGUUACAGCAGAAGUCGCUAGAAAAAAUUUUAUUGACAGGGAAAUUCCGCAACCACUUAAGUCAGAUUAUGAAAAGAACUUUGUUGUUCGCAAGAAGUCUCAGGAAAAUCAGAAACCCUUCCUCCAGCAGACUGGAGACAUAGAAAGGAUGGACCGUAGCUCUGCAGACAACUCGGAGGGUCCCACUCCUAUCAAGCUGAUCCAUCGUAGUGCGAAGAUCCGCACAAUAUUUCCACAAACCAACAAACUGACACGCGGAUCUGCUGAACGCCAAACAGAAAGAUACAUGUUACCAAGCGCUCUGUCCACACGCGGUCGAGUAAAUUUAAAUCGUUUUCUGCGUCCAAGUGCCUCAAAGGUCAAGAUUCGUGGUCAUAAGAUGCUUGGUCCCUCUCAACCCCCCGUAGUAUUAUCAACCAAACUCGCUCUCCCUCCUGGCGGUAGCCCGGGGAUUAUAAGAAGACCUUACUUCAGGCCAAGCAGGGGAAUUUUCAACUAUAAUUAUCGUGUCAUCAAAUUCCCCGCCUUCGACCGGACAGCCCUGGUACUCCUCCUGUUGCUGGUCGCAGCGCUGGCAGUGGGGCCGCUGCUGCAGCUGCUGUCCACUAAUCAGUUCGGCAAGAAAAUCACUAAAGCCGCCGGCGCAUCGCUGCUCGAGCGGGAGGGUAAAGAGGAUGGGCCGAUUAUUGAACUGCACCGGGAAGUUGAAGGCGCCUUGCUGCAGGGGUCACAGCUCUACGACGACUGAGACCUCAACAUCCUCUAUUGGAUCAUAGAGAAGACUGGCCCAACAUUGA